GAGUUUGACACAUGUUGUAAACAUUGAAGUAUCAUAUUUGAUAUGGCUCUUGCAGGGAAUGUUAGGAAUACGCUUCACAAGUUUAUUGAUAUAGGUGUGAAUUUGACAGACCCCAUGUUCAUAGGUGUUUAUCAUAAUUCCAAGAAACAUCAAGAUGAUUUUGAUGAUGUGGUGGCAAGAGCUAAAGAUGUUGGUAUGACAAAGAUGAUGAUAACAGGAGGCUACCUUGAGGAUUGUAAAGAGGCUUUAGAACUGGCCAAGACAAAUGGUAAG